AUGAUUCGGAGCUCCCCCUGCCCCCUCACAUCUCUCUUGGGAGGGAGGGAAUACGACAAACAGAGGGAAGAAAUCGACAGAAAGACUGAGCCGGCAAGAGAGAGAGAGAGCGAGCAGUUGAAUGUGUCGGUGAUUACGACCCUGGCUUAGCCGAGACCCGCAGCCUCCUCAGCCACCGAGCCAGAAGAAGGACCAGUGGAGGGGUGGGGGGAAGAGAGAGAGGAGAGGAGCAUGUUUCAGGGGUUGCCAGCAAAUCGUCUCCAUCCCUUUGUGAAAAGGCAAGAGCGGAGGAGAGGCGCUUAAAAGAGAGAGAGAGAGAGAGAGAGAGAGAGAGAGAGAGAGAGAGAGAGAAAGACAGGGAGGAGGUUCAGGAGAGGAAAGAAGGAAAGGGGAAUCAAUUAACUUCAAGACUUCCGAGAGACGUCAGGGUUGUUUUUUUUCUCCCUCUCCUUUUUUAAUCUUACGCAAAGCAAACCUGUUCCACUGAAUCAAGCCUUAUCUCCACCCGCUCGGAGUCUCCUCUUCUUCAGCUUCCUCUGAUGUUAUUCAAGCGGGCGGCGAGACGCUGACAAGUGCACAGAGAUUUCGCUGAUGGACGCAGCCCGGCUCGACAAAGUGUGGCUCCUGCAACCAAAACUGACAUGGUGUCGACCCAGAUUGUCGACGGGAGGGAAUGACGAGACGAAGCGGCGCUCUGGAAAACACUGACAGGCGCGUGUGGCUCUUCCAAGCACCAACGCAGGUACACAGGCGCACACGCUGAGCUUCAAAUCACCUUUCUGUCGUUCGCUCUUGCUCUCAUCAAUAUCACUUCAUCUUCAUUAGAUUUCUUAGCAUUUGUAGGGCGCGACACAUCCAUCUGUCACAAGUGUAGAAGUAGUUUACCAGUUUUUUUCCGUGAGCAUCCAUUUUUUUGUGUGUGAGCUCUACGCAGGAACAUAAAGAAGUUUAGUAUGUAUUAUUCACUGUUGCAUUUUUUGACAUUUUGUUCUUUUAUAUGAGGGACUGUUUACACCUACUCUGUACUUGUUACAGAUUGUUACUGUGAUCCAAUUGAAACACAUGGUGUUUUCCUGUGUUUUCAGCUAGAACUUGUACUUGAUUUGAACCUCUUUUGAUGUUUUUUAUAUAAAAUUACAGCAUACAUAGAGAAGCUUGGCACUGACAGUAGAGCAUUCUGCUAUUUUGUACACAGCAUUCUAUUGAUGCCAAAAUUACAAAAAGCCAUAGCAUUUGCCAUGACAGUCGGUUUAACUUUACAGACUGCCGGGAGCCAUAUUUAAUCUGUCACCAAAACCAACAGUACAAUGAAGAUGAAUGCCUCCUGCCACCUGCGAGGGUGCAUGGUGUGCCAGUAAAGCAUUUCAUAGGGGGGGGGGGGGGGGGUACAGUGUGAGGUACAUAUCGACUUGGCGGAGAGCUGGGGUUUUGAAGAGGGAGGGGAGACAGGCUCUCAAAGAGACUCCCAGUUAGGUCCACAGAGCCAAGAGAGGAGGGAGAGGAGAGAGAGGGGGUGAUCAGACGAGAAGAGACACACAGACCAACAGCACAUCUGUCAGUGUUCCUGGGCACGCUCAGGAGACAGAGGGGCUAUGCGCGUCCCGUAACAUCGCCGAGACGCAGACGUGACACACACAAGGAGACACACACACACACACACGCGCGCACACAUACAUACUCAGGAGGACAAGUAGACUUGAAACAGAGAAGGAGGGAGAAGGUGGAGUCCCCUGCGAGCAAGCUGAGGUCCCCCUGCCUGGCUCGUCAUCUGGGGAACCGGGAGAGGGGGCGACCGAAAACGGUCGUGAGAAAAGAAAAAAGGGAAAAGGAGCAGUAAACAAAAGAAAGAAAAAAAAGAAAGGAAUAGUGUGACCGACAGAGCGGAGAGAGGAAACCUCCCAGGCGGAAGCCUCCAGCAUUCUGGGCAAGGGGACACCCCCCCCCCCCACCCUUUGGCAGAAACGGAGAGAGGGAGAGUCGGGGCACGUUCCCCCCUCUCCUUCUCGACCCUGGACGCUGACAGGCUGGCCGCUGGCACAGCCAUGGCGUUCACCUUCGCGGCCUUCUGCUACAUGCUAACGCUCGUGCUCUGCGCCGCGCUCAUCUUCUUCGUCAUCUGGCAGAUCAUUGCCUUCGACGAGCUCCGUACAGAUUUCAAGAACCCCAUCGACCAGAGCAACCCAACCAGAGCAAGGGAGCGAAUCCUGAAUAUAGAGAGAAUCUGCAACCUGCUGAGGAGGUUGGUGGUUCCAGAAUAUUCCAUUCACGGUCUGUUCUGCUUGAUGUUCAUGUGCGCUGGCGAGUGGGUCACCCUGGGUCUGAACAUCCCCCUGCUCUUCUACCAUCUCUGGAGGUUUUUCCACCGGCCGGCUGAUGGUUCAGAGGUGAUGUACGACCCUGUGAGUGUUAUGAACGCAGACAUCCUAAACUACUGCCAAAAAGAGUCCUGGUGUAAGCUGGGCUUCUACCUUCUCUCUUUCUUCUACUAUCUUUACAGUGUUUUUAUCCUUUCCCUCUUUUUUUAGUAUGGUCGACGCUUUGGUGAGCUUCUAAAACUGAAAAGCUGAGUUAAAACUAGAACCACAAAAACGACAACAACAACAACAACAACAACCACAGUAAGAAUUAAAAACAACAACACCAACAAGACCAACCGCACCAAGGAUGACCGCAACAACAACUCAACACCGGAGGACAAUAAUACCGCAGGUUUUGGAGCAAUGCUGUGCACACCUCUUCUUCAACUAUCCAUCGCACCAUCAGAAAACUCUUGUUCAGCUCCUCCUCAGAUCUCUCCUGUGGACAUGGACUGAAAGAAAGUGAAGCAACAUAAAUCAAUGGGGGGAAAAAAACAAUCAUUGUGAGAGCAAAGAAAUGAAGAAGUCUUUGCUAAGCUAGCUCAGACACUGCCAUUGAAUGACUUGAGAGAGUGAGAGAUGGAGAUAGAGUUGAAGAGAAAGAGGAAGAGAAAAGAGAGAUGGAGGGAUGAAAGGAGAUGGAGGAGGAGGAGGCAGCGCGUUUUGUAACACAGUUUCACUUUUUAAGGGCUGCUGGACCUGUGCUGCUCAGAACCACUUGGGUUUCACAGACUGAGUCGAGGCACAAGUGUGAACUGCAAAAAUAUCCUGUUACAUAAAACUUAAUAUCGAUGUUACGUUUCAGUAUACUUCUGUUCAACUCCAUGCUAUGUUAAAAGAAGAAAACAUUUGUGAGAUGCACAAUCCUUAUUUAGUUGAGAUACUGUAAUACUCAUAUACUAUUUCAAUAGUUGUGGUAGAUUCUUUGAACCCUGAUGAUAUUGGUAGGUAGCUAUAUUUAAAUACUGAUGACAUUGUUUAACUGUAGAGUUUUGAUCAGAAGUGGUACUACUUGUGCUCUUUUAGACAAAGAAAACUGCAUAAACAAUAUCUUACUACUUCAGAAUACAGGAGAGAUAUGUUUACAUUUAAUUCCAUGGCUAUUAAGCAAUGAGGGUAAAGCAAGGCCGGGAAAACUGUUGGAUGAUAAGCAGUGUGGUGUGUUUCUGAUAUCACAGACUAAGAGGAUUUGACUGAGUGUGUCUACACCAGUGUAGAGCUUUCUCGCGGAGUCUAUGGAAUUCGGCAGGCGGUCACUUUAACACUGUGUGGAAGCCGGGCGAUACCUGUGAGAGUGAGGUUGAAUUUGAGAUUGAGGGCAAGCUCUCGCUACCCCCUCGAGGAGAGCAUGCCAAUUUGACCUACCCCCGUCCGAGCUCGAGAGUUCAGUAGUGUGUGACAGAUAAAGAGGUACACGUUCGCCGGAGAAGGAAUUAAAUUCAUCCUGAGCGAGCAAGGCCACUGGUGAGGGGGGAUGCUGAAGACGGUGUUCUGAGUGCUACAGAAAAGGUCUUAAAAGGCACUGAUACAAGAGCUGAGUCUGGGGAGACAACACAGGGCCAUGGCCACAGUGUGCGCCUGAUAAAAACAGAAGCUUCCAGAAGCAUGACAGAGUAGCCUAAGCAGUGAGUGAGCCCCCUAUGGCGUCAAAUGGACAGAGCUGCCUAUAUAUACCCCUGGGUGACUCUUGCAGCCAGAAUGUCGGCCGUCACAUUAUACCAACCUAUAGGCUUUGCCUUAGGCCUUGUACUAGCUCCCUUGCCACCAUUACAGUCAGUCCAUAUGUCCAUUUGUCUGCUCCUCUAGGUAGAUCACCACUGCUGGCACUCUGUGGUUAAAAAAAAAAAAAAAAGUAUUUAAAAAUGUAGAAAUUAAUUUCAUUAUUUCAGCUGCUCCGAUUUGUUCUUAUACAGUGAUUCCAACAUGCCCGACGAAUGAGCUUGUUUAGUCUAUUUUUAAAAAUCAUAUAUUUAUUAAUUUCCCUAUUUAUUAUUUGUGCUGUGUUGCCUCUGAUGAGAAUGAAGCAUGCCUCCUAAUUUGAGAGACUGACACCCUUGAACUAUUUCAAUGAGCCUUUGUGACGACUCAUGGACAAGCACAAGAUAAGGGUAGAGGGGGGAGGACAAUGAAGCCGAGGCGCCAUUUUUUGGGCAUCAUUCCUGAAUGUCAUAUUUAUAUGAAGAAAAUGCAGUAUCUAUAUUUAAAGAAAGCCAACUUGUAUCUGUCUUUUAUACAUACAUUCAUCACUGUAUGCUACAGUAUCUUUGUCGACGCGCUAGUUUGUAUUCAAUAGAAUACAGUAUACUAUAUACAGAAAAGCAAUUCCACAUUUCGACAAUAAAACAAUGAUGUGGCAACAA